AUGAUUCUCAUAACAAGUGCUGAUCAAUACGUUGGGCAUUGUAUCGCUUCACAUCUUGCAUCACGACGAUGUUUACGACCACGACUUCGGCUAGCUUGUCGUGACAAGAACUUGUGUUUGGGGUUUUUGAAUAAGGACAUUGACGUGCGGCAAAUUGACUAUUAUCAUCCUCACGACCUCUCAAAAGCAUUUCGUGGAGUUGAUCAUGUCAUAUUGGCGGUGGGCAAUGAACAUGAUCGAGUAGCCAUAGCCGAAAACGUAUGCAAGGUAGCUGAUCGUUCAGGCGUGAAAUCGAUUGUAUGCGUAUCACAAGUGGGUGCCACUGCCACGGAAUACCCCCAUCUUCAGCAUUUUGCAUCCAUUGAAGACUAUGUAGUUAAUACAAGGAAUUGUGAUUGGGUUAUUUUAAGACCAGAUUGGCUAUAUCAGCAAUUCCAUAUGUGGAGCCGAAGCAUUGAGACCGAUAGGAAAAUGACCUUGCCCCUUGUCAACAAGGAUGAGAUAUGCCCACUGGAUGUGACCGAUCUAUGUUCAGCCAUUGAAAAUUUAUUGCUGGUACCAUCAAAGAAGCAAAUCCGAUGUAUGCUACAAGAUGCACAUGUGGGGCAAGUCUACACGCUCACAGGACCAGAGCCUGUCAAUGGCCAACAACUUGUGGAUUGCUUGAGUCGAGGCACGGGAUACACUAAAUUUAUCUACCAGCCUGUGCGAUCUAUGGAUACGGCUUAUUACUUACAAGGAUUAAUCAAGGAUAUAUGGUUUGAUGCCCGAGUCAAACAAGAGCAUCAACGCAUGUACAAUGACCCACUCGAUGAUAGCGAUGACUAUUCCACCCGAGUAUUCAAUGCACCAUCAGAUAUCCAAAUCCAAACAUGGAUUGAGUACUUUGAUUGGGUGCAUGCAACAGGUGGCAGUGUGUGUGUUCCUCAUAUGAAGAUGCUUCUGAAACAUCAAUCAGGCACCACGAUCCAGGACUUUUUCAACAAGCAUCGCAAUAGCUUCAAGCCACGUGUAUGA